CAGAGGUGGAAUGAGCCUGGUAGUGACAGGGGAGCCGGGGACUGAGCCACAGGAGGACACAGACGCAGAGCGACAGAUUUCUGUGUGAUGUACAGCGAGGAACAUUGUCAUUCCUGAGAGACGGCGACCAUCCAUACAGAUCUGCGCUGGGGGAGGCUGGAGGGCGCCUCGUGUCAUCUCGUCCUGCUUUCCAGACUGUAUAUAACUGCAAGUGAUUGAGGCAACCACGCAAUACUGAGAAGAAACUCCGCUACUCACCCAGCCACAAACAUGGAGAGGAAAACCACUCGCACCGUAAAACACACUAUGGGGAAAGUGGAAUUCCACGGUGUCCAAAGUCAUCAUUCCUCGCACACUACUGUCGUGCACACCUCACACACUGUCAGUUCCCAGAGCCAUCAUGUAUCUACUAAACAUAUGGUUGAGUCCAGUAGCCACCACGAGACCUCUCACAUUAAUGGAGCCAUCGGCCACCAUGAGACCUUGCAAGCGAUUGAGCCUGCCAAAGCCUCUCCCAGCAUCGGUGGCUUUUUAGCAGCUCAUACGAAGGAGAAAGUCGGCAUCUAUCAAGCUCUGCAGAAGAAACUUGUGUCUGAGAAAGUCGCCACAGCUCUGCUGGAAGCCCAGGCUGCCACAGGCAACAUCAUCAAUCCAACAACUAACCAAACUCUCACUGUAGAGGCAGCCAUCCAACAGGGAGCCGCCGGGCCGGAGUAUCGGGAAAAACUCAUCUUCGCUAGCAAAGCAGCAACAGGGUAUAAAGACAAAGAAGAAACAUUAUCUCUGUUUCAAGCAUUCAAAAGAGGUAUAGUGGCUAAAAACGAUACAGUGCGCUUCCUGGAGGCUCAAGCGGCCACUGGUGGCAUUAUCGACCAUGUAAGUGGACAUCGAGUGCCUUUGUCCGAGGCCUUGAAGCUUAACUUCGUAGAUGAACAUAUGCUUAAAACGCUUACUGAAGUUUCUGAAUUUUCCAAGUGCUACCUUGAUCCCAACACCAAGGAGGAAUCCACUUACCAGGAGCUAUUGUCCAAAUGCAUCAAAGAUUCCGACAGUGGAUCACUCCUGCUUCCCCUACAGGAGACUCUGCAAGGGCUGAGGAAUACUGUAACACUAGAACAACUACUCAAGGCCAGCAUCAUCAGCCAGAUUCAAUAUGAUGAAGUCAUACAAGGCAAACAGACUACCCAGAAGGUGGAGGAACUACAAGAGGUUCAGCAAUACCUACAUGGACUGGCAAGCAUCGGUGGAGUGUACAUAAAGAGUACCAAUGAGAAAGUUAGUUUAUAUCAGGCCAUGAAAAAGAACUUUGUUCCUUCAGACUUUGCAGUUGCUCUUUUGGAAGCUCAGGCUGCCUCUGGUUUCAUUGUAGAUCCAGCGAGGAACAAGACGUUCUCUGUGACUGAAGCCAUUCAGGAAGGAUUGGUGGGGCUUGAACUCAAAGAGAAGCUGCUCACAGCAGAAAGAGCAGUAACUGGAUUUAAUGACCCAUACACUGGAGAAAAGAUUUCCCUUUUCCAAGCAAUCAAGAAGGAACUUAUUGCCAAGAACUUGGGCAUUAAUCUGCUAGAAGUCCAAGUUGCUACAGGAGGCAUCAUUGAUCCUGUUCACAGUUUCCAUGUACCACUGGAAGUUGCUUAUAAACGUGGCUUGCUUGAUGAAGACACUGCAAAAAUAAUAUCUGAUGUUGGUGGCUUCAUGGAUCCAAACACUAAUAACCUGGUCACUUACCAAGAGUUGAGGAAGCAUUGUACAAUUGAUCCCGACUCAAAAAUCUACUUUUUACCUUUGGAACUCACUUUCAAUGGCUUAAGAGGAAAAGUUACAAGUGAUGAGCUGCUGCACUCACUGAUCAUUGAUAAAACAACUUAUGAAAACUUACAACAGGGAAAAUCCUCUGUACAAGAUGUUGCAGAACAGGGGAAGGUGAGGCAGUAUCUACAGGGAACUGGGUGCAUUGCCGGAGUGGCUGUAGUGUCUACCAAUGAGAGAAAAAGCAUCUACCAAGCAAUGAAAGAACACUUUCUUAUGCCAGGCACUUCCAUUGCUCUCUUGGAAGCCCAGGCGGCAACGGGUUAUUUGAUAGACCCUGCAAAGAACUUGAAAUUCUCUGUGGAUGAGGCUGUGAAAAAUGGCUUGAUUGGACCAGAGUUUUAUGAAAAGCUUCUGUCAGCGCAGAAAGCAGCCACAGGUUACAGCGAUCCUUUGUCUGGAGAAACACUUUCUCUAUUUCAAGCCAUACAAAAGGGAUUUGUUAUGAAAGAUCAUGGAAUUCAUCUUCUGGAAGUCCAACUUGCUACUGGUGGAAUCAUUGACCCGUCAAAGAAGCACCGUGUUCCAGAGGAGGUGGCUUACACACGUGGCUGUUUUGACCAGGAAAUUAAUAAUAGUUUGCUCAGUCCAACAGAAGACAUCAAGGGAUUUUUUGAUCCGAACUCAAAAGAGAACCUUACCUAUAGACAACUGCUGGAGCGAUGCCUUGUAGAUUCCCAUACAGGACUCUACCUGAUCCCUGUGUUUGACAAUACCCAGGAUGCACUCAAAGCACCACAUUCAUUCAUAGAUUUCAAGACCAAAGUGACUUUAGAUGGAACAAAACUUACACUGACAUCUGGAAAAUUCAAAGGACAACUUGUUUCCCUGUGGAAACUUCUCUUCUCAGAAUAUUUCACUAUUGAGCUGAGAGAGUCCCUCUUUAAACAGUAUAUAUCAGGGAGCCUUUCAGUGGAAGAGUUAUCUAGCAAAGUUGAUGAGACAAUUAAGCAACUGGUAUCCUCCACCAAAAUCACAUUUGCGGGGUUAAGAGAGUCUGUUACUCCUGGACAGUUGCUGGACUCUGAAAUUAUUGACAAGGAUUUGUUUGAGAAAUUGCAACAAGGUGAAGCAUCAGCAAACGAUGUGGUCAAUAUUGACACAGUCAAGAAAUACCUAGAAGGUACUGGAAGUAUUGGUGGAUUGAUCCUGACAGAUACCCAAGAAAAGAUGAGCAUCUAUCAAGCUAAGAGAAAGGGCUUUCUAAGACCUGGAACAUCCUUGAUUCUACUUGAAGCUCAAGCUGCAACAGGCUUUAUCAUUGACCCUGUGGAAAACAAAAAAUAUUCAGUUGCUGAGGCUAUGAAGUCAAAAGUAAUUGGUCCAGAGUUCUAUGAAAAACUUUUGUCCGCAGAAAAAUCAGUCACUGGUUAUAAAGAUCCUUAUACAGAAGAAAGGAUUUCUCUAUUUCAAGCUAUGAACAAAGGCCUAAUUGUCGAAGAACAUGGCAUCCGACUUCUAGAAGCCCAGAUUGCCACCGGGGGAAUCAUUGAUCCAAUAAACAGCCACAGAAUUCCUGUUGAAGUUGCUUACAAACGAGGGUAUUUUGACAAGAAAAUGAAUGUGAUACUGUCAGAUCCAAGUGAUGACACUAAAGGGUUCUUUGAUCCAAACACCAAUGAAAACCUCACCUACCUACAGCUAAAGGAGAAAUGUAUCUCAGAACCAUCAACCAAGCUCUGUCUUCUUCCCCUCAUCAGUACAAAGCGUCAGCUCAACAUCAUUAGCUCCAUCAAGGAUUCUUUCCUGAACCUGGAGAUUUAUGUCAGAUAUGGAAGAUUCAGGGGGCAAACUGUUUCAGCCUGGGUUCUCAUAAACUCUGAGUACUUCAAUGAGUGGAGGAGGAGAGAGGUUCUAGAGCACUACAGACUGAAGAAGAUAACGCUGGAACAAAUCAUCAUACUGAUUGAGGAGGAAAUAAAAAAGUGGACAGAGAUUCGUGUCCCUGCCUUGAGAGAACAGGUAAACAUCUACAAUUUGCUGGAGUAUGACAUCAUUGAUAAAGAGCAAUUUGAACAAGUCCUAGAGGGAAAACUAAAAGCAGAGGAUGUACUUAAAAUGGAGAAAGUCCAGCGGUACUUGCACAGUUCUGGUGUGCUUGGUGGAAUCCUCAUUCUGCCCUCCAACCAAAGGAUCAGUUUUUACGAAGCUGCCAAGAAGAACAUCUUGCUGCCUAGCACCAUCCUGCCAUUACUAGAAGCCCAGGCUGCUACCGGACACAUAAUACACCCAGUGAACAACCAAAAGUUGUCUGUGAAUGAGGCUCUCAAAGCAGCCGUCAUUGACCCACAGAUUUAUGAUAGACUGUCUUCUGCAGAGCAAGCUGUAACAGGUUACCAGGAUCCAUUUUCCGGAAAGAAAAUCUCACUGUACCAAGCCAUGAAAAAAGGUCUAGUUGAAGAAAAACAUGCCAAACUUCUCUUAGAUGCCCAGCUAGCCACUGGGGGAGUUAUUGAUCCAAUACACAGCAUCCAUCUCCCAGAUUCUGUUGCCAAGAAGUUUGGUUAUCUUAACGAAGAAGUGCUUGAAAGUCUUUCUCAUCCCACAGAUGACGCAAAGUCCUUCUAUGACCCAAACACCAAAGAAAAGGUGACCUAUUCAGAACUCAUCGGUCGUUCACAAAAAGAUGAAUCUACUGGCAUUUAUUUGCUCCCACUGCCCCAAGAUUUUGCCGAAGUUCCAGGACAAGAAAUGUACUCUGAUGAGGUGAUACGGCAAACAUUCAAGAACACCAGGAUUGAAGAAAGAAACACUACAGUUUGGAACCUGAUUCAUUCUGGAUUCUUCACUGAAGAACAGCGAUAUGAAAUUCUGGAAAAAUAUAAGUCAAAGAAAGUGACGCUGGAAGUUCUGAUCACAGAAAUUUUGCAAAUAGUCAAAAAGAAAGAAACCAUGAAUACUCAUAUUAGUUUUCAAGGACUGAGAGGAAAUGUGCCAGUUGUACGGCUUCUAGAUUUAGGCAUUAUUACACAGAAAACAUUUGAAGAACUUGUACAGGGCCUCAUCUCCAUUGAAGAAGUUUCACAGCUGGAAAAUGUAAAAAAAUGUCUCCAGGGCACUGGCAACAUCACUGGAGUUUUUCUGCCAUCAACAAAGGAAAAAAUUAGCAUUUAUCAAGCAAUGAAAAGGGAUCUAAUCUUGCAUGCCAAUGGCUUAAUGCUUUUGGAAGCCCAGGCUGCAACCGGAUUUAUAGUUGACCCAAUAAAAAAUGAAAACCACACAGUGGACAGUGCCGUGAAGGCUGGCGUAAUAGGACCUGAACUUCAUGAAAAGCUUCUGAUUGCAGAAAGUGCAGUGACCGGAUACCCUGAUCCCUACACUGGAAACAAGUUAUCUCUGGGACAGGCAAUCCAUAAAGAACUUAUUCCUCAAAAAGAAGGAAUUCCGCUGCUCCAAGCCCAAUUGGCAAGUGGUGGAAUUAUUGAUCCCAUUCAUUGCCAUUAUGUCCCAUUGCAGCUGGCUUACAAGCUGGGGUUUCUAGAUGAAGAAAUAUCCAAACAAACAAAUGAGCUGAAAAUCUACUUUGAUCCAAACACAAAAGAAAAACUGAGCUACCAGCAGCUAAAAGAAAAAUGCUACACGGACCCGGAUACAAGCUCUUUGUUUCUGUCUCUCUCGGAAAGUCCUGCCUUUUAUGCUGAAGGACACCUCAUUGAUGUUCUAAAAUCAACCACAAUUAACACUGUCAACGCUGGAAGGUUUAAAGGCCAAACUGUGUCUGUUUGGGAACUUCUGAACUCUGAAUACAUAAGUUUCGAUAAACUGAAAGAACUCCUCCUUAAAUACAAAAACAGUAGUUCUGAAGUUCUCAAGGAGAUCAUAAAAACAGUCACUGUGUUCAUUGAGGAGACUGAAGCAAGCAGCACAAAAAUAAAGUUUAAAGGCCUUCGGAAGCAGGUGUCUGCAAGUGACCUUUUCAAGUCAGAGGUCAUAGACAAGCAAACCCUUGACGAGCUUAAUCUGGGAAAGAAAACAAUAGUAGAAGUGACAGAAAUGCACAGCGUAAAGCAGUAUCUGCAAGGUACAAACUGUAUUGCAGGAGUUCUCCUACAGUCUACCAACACAAAGAUGAGCAUUUAUGAGGCGAUGCUCAAACGCAUUCUGAGACCUGGAACGGCUUUGGUUCUCCUAGAAGCUCAGGCAGCCACUGGGUUUAUUGUGGAUCCUUUGAAGAAUGAGAAGCUAUCAGUGGAGGAAGCACUGACUCAUGGACUAAUAGGACUUGACAUACUAGCUAAGCUACUCUCUGCAGAGCAAGCAGUGACUGGAUACACUGACCCAUAUACUGGGGUCAAGAUUUCCCUGUUCCAAGCCAUGCAAAAAGAGCUCAUUGUUCAAUGCCAUGGAAUCCGCCUGCUGGAAGCACAGAUCGCUACCGGUGGUAUUAUUGAUCCAGUGCAUAGCCACAGAGUCCCGGUAGAGGUUGCCUAUAAGCGUGGCUACUUCAAUGAAGAGAUGAACAAAAUUCUUUCAGAUCCCAGUGAUGAUACUAAAGGUUUCUUUGAUCCCAACACCCAUGAGAAUCUUACAUAUCUACAACUUGUAGAAAGAUGUGUACAGGACCCCGAAACUGGGUUGUAUCUGCUGCAGGUUGUGAAUAAGGGAGAUGAUUAUUUCUUUAUUACUGAACCAAUGAAAUUGGACUUAAAAUCAAGAAACAUAACUAUGCAGUUUGGAAAAUUUGCCAAUCAAACAGUAUCAAUCUGGGAGAUUCUGACUUCUCAUUAUGUCACAGACCUGAAAAAGAGGGAGUUGGUUAAACUCUAUAAAAUGGGAGUGCUUACCAUAGAACAACUCACAUCUAACCUCACCACACUUAUAGAAGAAUAUGAGACCACAAGUAGCAGCUUGAAAUUCAAGGGUAUUCGAGGAGAAGUGAGUGCCACGGACUUGUACAACGCAGACAUAAUUGACAAAAAGACCAUGGAUGACCUGAGAAAAGGCACACAAUCUGUAGAAACUGUCUCUCAAAUGGAGUCGGUUAAGAGAUACUUGGAAGGAACAAGCCGCAUAGCUGGAAUCAUAUCCUUACCAAACAACGAGAUCCUCAGCAUUUAUGAGGCUAUAAAGAGAAGCAUUAUACCUAGAGACAUUGGUGUGAUACUUCUGGAGGCCCAAGUUGCCACUGGAUUUCUUAUAGACCCCUCAAAAAAUCAGACCUUCUCCUUCACCGAGGCAUUGUCUGCAGGAGUGGUCAGCAUCGAUGUUCAGGAGCAACUUGAAAUUGCUGAGAAAGCAGUGAGUGGAUUCAUAGAUCCUAAAUCUGGCAACAAAAUCUCCCUUUUCCAAGCCAUCAAGAAAGGAAUCAUUGACAGAGAGCAAGGAAUUGCUUUGUUGGAUGCCCAACUGGCAACUGGAGGGAUUGUCGAUCCAGUUCAUGGUCAUAGGCUUCCUCUGCAAGUAGCCUACAGGAAGGGUUAUUUGGAUGAAGAUGUUUACAUUAUGAUCUCAAAUGCUCUUAAUGAAAAGAAAGAAUUUGUGGACCCUAAUACUCAUGAAAGACUUACAUACAAAAGCUUGUUGGAAAGAUGUGUCAAAGAUCCUAAAACUGGACUGUAUUUACUUCAAGUGGCUGAAAAACGUGAUGACUACUUCUACAUUGAUGAACCAACUAAACUCCUUCUAACAUCCACUAUGGUGAAAAUGAAUGAAGGCAGGUUCAAGGGACACGAGGUCUGCCUGUGGGAUCUUCUGUGUUCCACCUACAUCUCCGAAGAGAUGCGAAAGGACCUCAUCAAGAAUUACAAAACAAAGACCUCCUUAACACUUAGAGAGAUAAUCAAUGUGAUCCUUUCAACAAUUGAGGAAAAGGAAAAGGGCCAGAAUGACAUCUGGUUCCAGGGAUUGAGGAAACAGGUCACAGCAGUAGAACUUUUUGAUGCCGGAAUUAUAAACAGAGAAACUCUUGAAAAUUUAAUUCAGAAGAAACAGACUGUGAGUGAAAUUUCUAAAAUACAUUCAGUUAAGAGAUAUCUUGAAGGAACCAGUUGCAUUGCCGGGCUGCUCAUCCCUUCAAAACAAGAUCCGACCAAAAAGGAAACCAUAAGCAUCUUUGACGCCAUGCAAAGGCGGCUGCUGAGACCAGGCACUGCUCUUGUCCUGCUAGAAGCUCAGGCAGCUACUGGCUUUGUCAUUGAUCCCAUAAAAAAAAGAAAACUUUCAGUAUUUGAAGCUUUAACUGACGGACUGAUUGGUCAUGAAAUUUAUCCAAAGCUCUUAUCUGCAGAGAAAGGAGUUACUGGCUACGCCGACCCAUAUACUGGUGAGAAAAUCUCCUUGUUCCAAGCAAUGCAGAAAGAUUUAAUUGUCAGGGAGCAUGGCAUUCGCUUGCUGGAGGCCCAGAUUGCCACUGGUGGCAUCAUUGACCCAGUGCAGAGCCUCCGUGUUCCCAUGGAAGUGGCUUACAAGCGGGGUUAUUUUGCUGAAGAAAUGAGCCAGAGUCUUUUAGACCCUACUGAUGACACUAAAGGGUUCUUUGAUCCAAAUACCCAUGAAAACCUCACCUACCUGCAGCUGCUCCAGAGAUGCAUCCAAGACCCAGAUUCUGAAUUUUAUCUACUGGAGCUAAAAGACCAGAAGUUCUCCUUUUCACAGAUCCAAAACAAAUUACAAUCCAGGGUUAUUCAGGUCUCUACCGGGGAGUUCCAAGGACAGAGUAUUUCCAUCUGGGAGCUUAUUUAUUCUAAAUAUAUUUCUGUAGAGAAAAGAGAGGAGCUGCUGAAGCAAUAUGAGUCUGGUUCAUUAUCUAUUGAAGAAAUUAUAUCUAUAAUGAUCAAAGUCAUUACUGAAACAGAAGGAGCAGUAUUGGAAGUGGAUGCAAAAGGCCCACAAAGUCAAGACUCCAGUGUCCAGAUGUCACUCAAAGCAGAGAAGUUGAAAGUGUCUGUUGGUGACUUCAAAGGAGAAAGUUUAUCAUUGUGGGAGCUCCUGAACUCCCAUUAUUUCUCAGAAGAGGAAAGGAAAGAAGUAUUAGAAAAGGUGAAAUCUGGGACUAUGACCACACAAGAAAUUAUUACGUUUGUCACAACGGUCAUCACUGAGACUGAGGCUAAAAAGACUAAAUGGGUCUCACAAAAUACAGCUGUAACAGUAGAGCAGCCAAUUGAAGAUCAUUCUAUAAACUAUGAUGAAAUUCAAAAGGCCCUGCAGAGUAUAAACAUUCACAUCAGAAAAGGGGAGUACGCGGGACAGCAGGUGUCCGUGUGGGAGCUUCUUCACUCCAAAUACAUUCCUGACCCAACAAAACAUGACUUAUUAAGAGAUUACAGGUCAACUGUCCAAGGCAUAAUGCAGCUAGUUAUACGGUCAGUAAAAGAGAUUAAACUGAGUAACCAAUCUACAUUAAAAACAGAAUACCAUUUGACGGAAGAAGUAUAUAACUCUUUGCAAGUGACCCAGACCGAAGUAAAUGUAGGUGAGUUAAAGGGUCAGAAACAUUCAGUGUGGUAUCUACUGAACUCCAGAUACAUUUCAGAAGAGAAAAGGCGGGAGCUGCUAGAGAGACUGAAAUCGGGGACAAUCAGUAUGGAUGAACUUAUUAAAGUUAUCAUCACCAUUAUAGAGGAGACAGAACAGCGCAGCAAGACGCUGAAAUUUAAAGGUCUCAGGAGACAAAUUACAGCAACCGAACUGCUCACAUCUGACAUUAUUGACCAGAAAACAUUGACAGAGCUGGCUCAGGGGACAAAAACUGUGCAAGAAGUAACUCAGAUGGACAAUGUAAAGAGAUACUUGGAAGGAACCAGCUGUAUUGGCGGAGUACUAGUCCCAGCUCUUAAAGAUCCUUCAAAGAAAGACAAGAUGAGCAUCUAUAAUGCGAUGCUAAAGAAAAUCCUUACCCCUGGGACAGCACUGUGUCUCCUGGAAGCUCAGGCAGCCACUGGAUUUAUCAUUGACCCUCUGGCAAAUGAAAAACUAUCUGUAGAUGAAGCUGCAUCGACUGGCAUAAUUGGCCAAGAGCUCAAACUAAAGCUCCUGUCUGCAGAGAGAGCAGUGACUGGCUACAUCGACCCAUACACCGGUGACAAGAUCUCUCUCUUCCAAGCCAUGCAGAAAGAUCUGAUUGUAAAAGACCAUGGCGUUCGUCUGCUCGAGGCUCAGAUUGCCACUGGUGGGAUCAUUGACCCAGUACACAGCCACCGUGUGCCUGUGGAAGUUGCCUACAAACGUGGCUACUUUGAUGAAGAGAUGAAUCAGAUUCUUUCAGAUCCCACAGAUGAUACAAAAGGGUUCUUUGAUCCAAAUACUCAUGAGAAUCUCACGUACCUGCAGCUGCUCAACCGGUGCAUUCAGGACCCAGAUACUGGAUUGUGCAUGCUGGAUAUGAAAGACAAGAAAGCUCUGCCAGCAGGCAAGACUCCAGGCAUCACCUUGAAGACACAAACUGUCCAAGUUACAGUCGGACAAUAUAAAGGACAGAAUAUUUCUAUCUGGGAUCUCCUAAACUCUCAUUAUUUCACAGAGGAGGAAGAAAAGAGACAGCUACUCUUGAAACAACACAAAUCAGGAACUAUAACCACAGAUGAACUUAUUAGAGUCAUUAUUACAACCAUUGAAGAAUGGGAAAAGAGAGAGAGCCAUUUAAACCAAAACAUUUCUGAAGAAAAGCAGAAAAAUCUCCUGCAGUCUAAAUUAAUUGAGAUUACUAAGGGCAAACUUCAGGGGCAAAAUCUCUCAGUGUGGGAUCUUCUGCACUCUGAGUACAUUACGCAGAUUAAAAAGGAAGAAAUAUUGCAGAAAUAUUCUUCAGGGAUCUGGGAUCUAGAAGAGAUCAUUAGAAUCAUCACAAUAAUUUUUACAGAAACUGAAGAGACUAAAGAUACCAUUGAGAUAGUAGAGGUUGAUCACACAUUCUCUAUUCCCCAGUCAGAGGAUCUUGUGGCAGGUGAUGAGGAACAACGUAAUGCCUUAAGUGUUUUCACUGUUCAUGAUGAAUUUGAAGGAUUUCAAGGUAUGAGGGUGUCUCUAUGGGAAAUCCUCAAUUCAAAAUAUGUUUCGGAGGACACAAGAAAUGCCCAGCUAAUCAAACACCAGGCCACUGUAGAAAAACUGAAACAAACUAUUCUAAAAUGUAUUGAGGAUCCAGAGAUAAAAACAGAUGAGGAGAUACAACAACAGUUGAAACUUAAGCUCAGUGAGGUUACUGCUGGAGAAUUCAAAGGACAAAACGUCUCUAUCUGGUUCCUUCUCCAUUCCACGUAUAUUACUGAGGAGAAGAGAAAAGAACUACUUGAAAAGUACAAAUCAGGGACAUUAACAAGCGAAGAAAUGUUAAAAAUUCUCAUAACAAUAAUCGAAGAGACUGAAAAGACUCAUAAUUUGACGUUCACGGGUCUUAGGCAGCAAGUGACAGCUACUGAACUUCUCCAGUCUGAAAUCAUUGACCAGGCCACCCUGAAUGAGUUGACCCAGGGUAGUAGAACUGUAGAGGAGGUCACUCAGUUGGAUUCUGUUAAGAGAUACCUGGAAGGAACCAGUUGUAUUGCCGGUGUGUUUGUUCCAUCAAAGAAAGAUCCUUCACAAAGAGAAAAGUUGACCAUUUAUGAUGCCAUGUUGAAACGUAUACUGAGGCCUGGAACUGCUUUGAUUCUUCUUGAAGCACAAGCGGCUACUGGAUUUGUGAUUGAUCCCAUCCAGAACAAGAAGCUGUCUGUAGAAGAGGCAUUACCCGCAGGACUAAUUGGGCCUGAGAUUUAUGAGAAGCUUCUGUCAGCAGAAAAAGGAGUUACUGGCUAUAAUGACCCUUACACAGGCGGAAAGAUUUCUCUGUUCCAGGCCAUGAAAAAAGACCUUAUUGUAAAAGAGCAUGGGAUCCGCCUUCUGGAAGCCCAGAUUGCUACUGGUGGCAUCAUUGACCCAGUGCAGAGUCACCGUGUCCCUGUGAAAGUAGCGUACAAACGAGGUUACUUUGACGAAGAAAUGAAUCAGAUCCUUUCUGAUCCCACUGAUGAUACAAAGGGAUUCUUUGAUCCAAAUACCCACGAGAACCUCACUUACCUGCAGCUGCUCCAGAGAUGCAUCCAAGACCCAGACACAGGCUUAUGUAUGCUGGAAGUGAAUGUAAACAAGCUUCCUUCAUCUGAAAUAAGUAUAAAAACUAUUCUUGAGUCAAAAAUUGUUCGGGUCACACAGGGUCACUUAGAAGGCAAAGAGGUUUCCGUCUGGGAACUUCUGAAUUCUGUGUAUAUUUCAUUCGAGAAAAGAGAGGAGCUGCUGAAAAAGUAUAAAACUGGCACUCUAUCUAUCAAUGAUCUUAUUACAGUAGUCACCAAAAUCAUUCAUGAAACAGAGGAGUCGGGCAGUACUAAUGAAGAUGCACAAGUUCAGACAUUGCUCCAAACAGAAAAGAUUGAGGUCCACGUAGGUGACUUCAAAGGAGAGAAGGCCUCAUUGUGGGAGCUUCUAAACUCUCAUUAUAUCUCUGAAGAGAAAAGGAAAGAAUUAUUACGUAACAUAAAAUCUGGGACCAUUACUGUGCAAGAAGUUAUUACAAUUCUCAUUACAAUCAUCAAUGAGACUGAGAAUAAAAAGAUUGAGGACGAUGUGUCAGUACCAGUACAGCAACCGGUGGAAGUUGACCCAUCUGUACAAGAUGAUGAAAUUAAAAAGGCCCUGCAAAGUAUAAACAUUUCCGUCAGGAAUGGACAGUAUGCUGGACAGGAGGUUUCCGUGUGGAAUCUUCUUCACUCCAGAUACAUUCAAGAGGAGAAAAGGCAAGAAUUGCUAGGGAAUUACAAGCUAACUGUCCAAGAUAUCAUAGGGCUGGUUGUACAAUCUGUUGAGGAAGCUGAGCGCCAAAACAGCAAAAACCUUCUUGCCACAGAAUACAAUGUGACGGAGGAAGUAUAUAAUUCUCUGCUGCUGGCCCAGAGCGAAGUAACUAUAGGCGAUUUGAAGGGUCAGAAAUAUUCAGUGUGGUAUCUACUGAACUCUAAAUACAUUUCAGAAGAGAAAAGACAGGAACUGCUGGAGAGACUGAAAUUGGGGACAAUCAGUAUAGACGAAAUUAUCAAAACUAUCACCACUAUUAUAGAGGAGACAGAAGAGCGCAGCAAGACGCUGAAAUUUAAAGGUCUCAGGAGACAAAUUACAGCAACCGAACUGCUCACAUCUGACAUCAUUGACCAGAAAACAAUGACAGAGCUGGCUCAGGGGACAAAAACUGUGCAAGAAGUAACUCAGAUGGACAAUGUAAAAAGAUACUUGGAAGGAACCAGCUGUAUUGCCGGAGUGCUUGUACCAGCGCUCAAAGAUCCUUCAAAAAAAGACAAGAUGAGCAUCUAUAAAGCAAUGAUUAAGAAUAUCCUUACACGUGGGACAGCACUGUGUCUCCUAGAAGCUCAGGCAGCCACUGGAUUUAUCAUUGACCCUCUGACAAAUGAGAAACUAUCUGUAGAUGAAGCUGCAUCAACUGGCAUAAUUGGUCAAGAGCUCAAACUAAAGCUCCUGUCUGCAGAGAGAGCAGUGACUGGCUACAUCGACCCAUACACUGGUGACAAAAUCUCUCUCUUCCAAGCCAUGCAGAAAGAUCUGAUUGUAAAAGACCAUGGCGUUCGUCUGCUCGAGGCUCAGAUUGCCACUGGUGGGAUCAUUGACCCAGUACACAGCCACCGUGUCCCUGUGGAAGUUGCCUACAAACGUGGCUACUUUGAUGAAGAAAUGAAUCAGAUCCUUUCAGAUCCCACAGAUGAUACAAAAGGGUUCUUUGAUCCAAAUACUCAUGAGAAUCUCACGUACCUGCAGCUGCUCAACCGGUGCAUUCGGGACCCAGAUACUGGAUUGUGCCUCCUGGAUAUGAAAGACAAGAAAGCUCUGCCAGCAGACAAGACCUUAGACGUCACCUUGAAGACACAAACUGUCCAAGUUACAGUCGGUCAAUAUAAAGGACAGAAUAUUUCCAUCUGGGAUCUCCUAAACUCUCAUUAUUUCACAGAGGAGGAAGAAAAGAGACAGCUACUCCUGAAACAACACAAAUCAGGAACUAUAACCACAGAGGAGCUAACCACAAUCAUUAUUACAACCAUUGAAGAAUGGGAACAGAGAAAAAAUAACAUAAAUCUACUGAAGACUAAAUUAAUUGAGAUUACUAAUGGUAAAUUUCAAGGCAAUAAUCUCUCAGUAUGGGAUCUUCUGCACUCUGAGUACAUUACGGAGAGUAAAAAGGAAGAGAUCUUACAGAAAUAUUUCUCAGGGAUUUGGGAUCUAGAAGAGAUCAUUAGAAUCAUCACAGUAAUUAUUAGUGAAGAGACAGUCUCUAUGCCAAGACCACCGGAAAAUAUUGACACUGAUGAAUUCAACAAAGCCUUAAAUGCCAUUGCUCUCAGCAUUAAAACUAGUCGGUUUCAAGAACAAAAAGUGUCUCUUUGGGAAAUCCUCCACUCUAACUAUAUUUCAGAGGACAGACGGAGAGAGCAGCUGAAAAAGCACCAGGCAACUGUAGAAAAACUAAAGAAAAUCAUUAGAGUACUAAUUGAGGAUUCAGAAAUGAAAACCGAUGAGCAGAUACAACAACAGUUGGAACUUAAGCUCACUGAGGUCACUGUUGGAGAACUCAAAGGACAAAAUGUCUCUGUCUGGUUCCUUCUCCAUUCCACAUAUAUUACUGAGGAGAAGAGAAAAGAACUGCUUGAAAAGUACAAGUCAGGGACAUUAACAAGUGAAGACAUUUUUAAAAUUAUCAUAACAAUAAUCGAAGAGACUGAAAAGAGUCGCAGUUUGAAGUUUGAGGGUCUUAGGCAGCAAGUGACAGCUGCUGAACUUCUCCAGUCUGAAAUCAUUGACCAGGCCACCCUAAAUGAGUUGACCCAGGGUACCAGAACUGUAGAGGAGGUCACUCAGUUGGAUUCUGUUAAGAGAUACCUGGAAGGAACCAGUUGUAUUGCUGGUGUGUUUGUUCCAUCAAAGAAAGAUCCUUCACAAAGAGAAAAGUUGACCAUUUAUGAUGCCAUGUUGAAACGUAUACUGAGGCCUGGAACUGCUUUGAUUCUUCUUGAAGCACAAGCGGCUACUGGAUUUGUGAUUGAUCCCAUCCAGAACAAGAAGCUGUCUGUAGAAGAGGCAUUACCCUCAGGACUAAUUGGGCCUGAGAUUUAUGAGAAGCUUCUGUCAGCAGAAAAAGGAGUUACUGGCUAUAAUGACCCUUACACAGGCGGAAAGAUUUCUCUGUUCCAGGCCAUGAAAAAAGACCUUAUUGUAAAAGAGCAUGGGAUCCGCCUCCUGGAAGCCCAGAUUGCUACUGGUGGCAUCAUUGACCCAGUGCAGAGCCACCGUGUCCCUGUAGAAGUAGCGUACAAACGAGGUUACUUUGACGAAGAAAUGAAUCAGAUCCUCUCUGAUCCUACUGAUGAUACAAAAGGAUUCUUUGAUCCGAAUACCCGCGAGAACCUCACUUACCUGCAGCUGCUCCAGAAAUGCAUCCGAGACACGGACACAGGCUUAUGUAUGCUGGAAGUGAAUGUAAACAAGCUUCCUUCAUCUGAAAUAAGUAUAAAAACUAUUCUUGAGUCAAAAAUUGUUCGGGUCACACAGGGUCACUUAGAAGGCAAAGAGGUUUCCGUCUGGGAACUUCUGAAUUCUGUAUAUAUUUCCUCAGAGAAAAGAGAGGAGCUGCUGAAAAAGUAUAAAACUGCCAAUCUAUCUAUCAAUGAUCUUAUUACAGUAGUCACCAAAAUCAUUCAUGAAACAGAAGAGUCGGGCAGUACUAAUGAAGAUGCACAAGUUCAGACAUUGCUCCAAACAGAAAAGAUUGAGGUCCACGUAGGUGACUUCAAAGGAGAGAAGGCCUCAUUGUGGGAGCUUCUGAACUCUCAUUAUAUCUCUGAAGAGAAAAGGAAAGAAUUAUUACGUAACAUAAAAUCUGGGACCAUUACUGUGCAAGACGUUAUUACAAUUCUCAUUACAAUCAUCAAUGAGACCGAGAAUAAAAAGAAUGAGUACGAUGUGUCAGUACCAGUACAGCAACCGGUGGAAGUUGACCCAUCUCUACAAGAUGAUGAAAUUAAAAAGGCCCUGCAAAGUAUAAACAUUUCCGUCAGGAAUGGACAGUAUGCUGGACAGGAGGUUUCCGUGUGGAAUCUUCUUCACUCCAGAUACAUUCAAGAGGAGAAAAGGCAAGAAUUGCUAGGGAAUUACAAGCUAACUGUCCAAGAUAUCAUAGGGCUGGUUGUACAAUCUGUUGAGGAAGCUGAGCGCCAAAACAGCAAAAACCUUCUUGCCACAGAAUACAAUGUGACGGAGGAAGUAUAUAAUUCUCUGCUGCUGGCCCAGAGCGAAGUAACUAUAGGCGAUUUGAAGGGUCAGAAAUAUUCAGUGUGGUAUCUACUGAACUCUAAAUACAUUUCAGAAGAGAAAAGACAGGAACUGCUGGAGAGACUGAAAUUGGGGACAAUCAGUAUAGACGAAAUUAUCAAAACUAUCACCACUAUUAUAGAGGAGACAGAAGAGCGCAGCAAGACGCUGAAAUUUAAAGGUCUCAGGAGACAAAUUACAGCAACCGAACUGCUCACAUCUGACAUCAUUGACCAGAAAACAAUGACAGAGCUGGCUCAGGGGACAAAAACUGUGCAAGAAGUAACUCAGAUGGACAAUGUAAAAAGAUACUUGGAAGGAACCAGCUGUAUUGCCGGAGUGCUUGUACCAGCGCUCAAAGAUCCUUCAAAAAAAGACAAGAUGAGCAUCUAUAAAGCAAUGAUUAAGAAUAUCCUUACACGUGGGACAGCACUGUGUCUCCUAGAAGCUCAGGCAGCCACUGGAUUUAUCAUUGACCCUCUGACAAAUGAGAAACUAUCUGUAGAUGAAGCUGCAUCAACUGGCAUAAUUGGUCAAGAGCUCAAACUAAAGCUCCUGUCUGCAGAGAGAGCAGUGACUGGCUACAUCGACCCAUACACUGGUGACAAAAUCUCUCUCUUCCAAGCCAUGCAGAAAGAUCUGAUUGUAAAAGACCAUGGCAUUCGUCUGCUUGAGGCCCAGAUUGCCACUGGUGGCAUCAUUGACCCAGUACACAGCCACCGUGUCCCUGUGGAAGUUGCCUACAAACGUGGCUACUUUGAUGAAGAAAUGAAUCAGAUCCUUUCAGAUCCCACAGAUGAUACAAAAGGGUUCUUUGAUCCAAAUACUCAUGAGAAUCUCACGUACCUGCAGCUGCUCAACCGGUGCAUUCGGGACCCAGAUACUGGAUUGUGCCUCCUGGAUAUGAAAGACAAGAAAGCUCUGCCAGCAGACAAGACCUUAGACGUCACCUUGAAGACACAAACUGUCCAAGUUACAGUCGGUCAAUAUAAAGGACAGAAUAUUUCCAUCUGGGAUCUCCUAAACUCUCAUUAUUUCACAGAGGAGGAAGAAAAGAGACAGCUACUCCUGAAACAACACAAAUCAGGAACUAUAACCACAGAGGAGCUAACCACAAUCAUUAUUACAACCAUUGAAGAAUGGGAACAGAGAAAAAAUAACAUAAAUCUACUGAAGACUAAAUUAAUUGAGAUUACUAAUGGUAAAUUUCAAGGCAAUAAUCUCUCAGUAUGGGAUCUUCUGCACUCUGAGUACAUUACGGAGAGUAAAAAGGAAGAGAUCUUACAGAAAUAUUUCUCAGGGAUUUGGGAUCUAGAAGAGAUCAUUAGAAUCAUCACAGUAAUUAUUAGUGAAGAGACAGUCUCUAUGCCAAGACCACCGGAAAAUAUUGACACUGAUGAAUUCAACAAAGCCUUAAAUGCCAUUGCUCUCAGCAUUAAAACUAGUCGGUUUCAAGAACAAAAAGUGUCUCUUUGGGAAAUCCUCCACUCUAACUAUAUUUCAGAGGACAGACGGAGAGAGCAGCUGAAAAAGCACCAGGCAACUGUAGAAAAACUAAAGAAAAUCAUUAGAGUACUAAUUGAGGAUUCAGAAAUGAAAACCGAUGAGCAGAUACAACAACAGUUGGAACUUAAGCUCACUGAGGUCACUGUUGGAGAACUCAAAGGACAAAAUGUCUCUGUCUGGUUCCUUCUCCAUUCCACAUAUAUUACUGAGGAGAAGAGAAAAGAACUGCUUGAAAAGUACAAGUCAGGGACAUUAACAAGUGAAGACAUUUUUAAAAUUAUCAUAACAAUAAUCGAAGAGACUGAAAAGAGUCACAGUUUGAAGUUUGAGGGUCUUAGGCAGCAAGUGACAGCUGCUGAACUUCUCCAGUCUGAAAUCAUUGACCAAACCACCCUGAAUGAGUUGACCCAGGGUAGCAGAACUGUAGAGGAGGUCACUCAGUUAGAUUCUGUUAAGAGAUACCUGGAAGGAACCAGUUGUAUUGCUGGUGUGUUUGUUCCGUCAAAGAAAGAUCCUUCACAAAGAGAAAAGCUGACCAUUUAUGAUGCCAUGUUGAAACGUAUACUGAAACCUGGAACUGCUUUGAUUCUUCUUGAAGCACAAGCAGCUACUGGAUUUGUGAUUGAUCCCAUUCAGAACAAGAAGCUGUCUGUAGAAGAGGCAUUACUCGCAGGACUAAUUGGGCCUAAGAUUUAUGAGAAGCUUCUGUCAGCAGAAAAAGGAGUUACUGGCUAUAAUGACCCUUACACAGGCGGAAAGAUUUCUCUGUUCCAGGCCAUGAAAAAAGACCUUAUUGUAAAAGAGCAUGGGAUCCGCCUCCUGGAAGCCCAGAUUGCUACUGGUGGCAUCAUUGACCCAGUGCAGAGUCAUCGUGUCCCUGUCGAAGUAGCGUACAAACGAGGUUACUUUGACAAAGAAAUGAACCAGAUCCUCUCUGAUCCUACUGAUGAUACAAAGGGAUUCUUUGAUCCAAAUACCCAUGAGAACCUCACUUACUUGCAGCUGCUCCAGAGAUGCAUCCAAGACCCGGACACAGGCUUAUGUAUGCUGGAAAUGAAGGACAGCACACAGACGUCUACUCAUGAAGAACAAAAAUACAAAUCUAUUCUACAGUCUAAAACUGUUCAGGUUGCAGCUGGUGAAUUUCAAGGGAAAGAUAUAUCCGUUUGGGAUCUACUUUAUUCUCAGUAUAUUUCAGUAGAGAAACAAAAAGAGCUUUUGAAGAGAUUCCACUCUGGCUCUCUUACUAUUGAAGAACUGAUAACCAUAAUUAUCACAAUUAUUACAGAGAAAGCAAAGCCAAGUCCCAGUUCUAUUAAGCGGUCUUUCCAAUCUGUAAAAAUAGACAUCUCCAUAGGAAGUUUCCAUGAAAAAUCCAUGUCGCUUUGGGACCUUCUACAUUCCAAGUAUAUCCCUGAUGAUAAACGGGAGGAAUUGUUAGAGAAAUUUCAGUCUGGAACACUAACCAUUGAAGAGAUAAUCAGCAUAGUUUUAUCUGUGAUUCAGAAAUCAGAGCAAACUAGGCAUGAGGUAAUUGUACCGGUGGUAAAUGCACCAUCGGUUUCCAGUGAGGCUGAUCGCUGGCCGCCAGAAGACCAGCUGCAGAAAGCACUACAAGCGAUUCCCAGUGACUUAUCAGCAAAGCAAUCACAACAGGAGAGUGCUUCAGUUUGGGACCUUUUGCACAGCGAAGGUUUGUCUGAGGGUAAAAAAAAUGAGCUAUUGCAGAUGUAUAAAUGUUCUGUAAGAGAGGUCAUGAGUGCUUGCACCAGCAUUAUUCAGGGGAGUACAGGGGAAGCCUCUACUGUUGAGACUAUCUUGAUCGAUGAAGCAAAACAAAAAACAUUACAAGACACCAUGACUGAAAUUUCUGUGGGUCACUUCAAAGGUCAGAAGUUAUCUGUCUGGGAUCUUCUGCAUUCUGAAAUCAUAAUGCCUGAGAAAAGGAAGGACAUUCUCUUAGCCUAUAUUGCAGGAACUUUAACUGUUAAGGACAUUAUUACAAUGAUAUUUACCAUACUGGCAGAGAUAGAAGAGAGGUCAAGCACAUUAAAGUUCAAAGGACUCAGGAGACAAGUCACAGCCACAGAGCUACUGAGUUCUGAAAUUAUUGACCAGAAGACACUCAAUGAAUUGUCUCAGGGCAGCAAAACGCUUGAGGAGGUCACUCAGAUGGACAAUGUGAAGAGAUACCUGGAAGGCACUGGCUGUAUCGCUGGCGUGUUUGUUCCAACUAAAAAGGAUCCAUCAAAGAAGGAGAAAAUGAGCAUAUACCAGGCUAUGUGGAAACAAGUCUUGCGGCCAGGAACUGCACUGGUACUGUUAGAGGCUCAAGCGGCAACUGGGUUUAUCAUUGACCCCAUCAACAAUAAAAAGCUCUCCGUAGAUGAGGCUGUAUCUGCUGGGGUGAUUGGGAAAGAACUCCAACCUAAACUGUUAUCUGCCGAACGCGCUGUGACAGGCUACAAUGAUCCUUAUACGGGUGAAAAGAUUUCUCUCUUUCAAGCAAUGAACAAAAAUCUAAUUGUGAAAGAGCACGGCAUUCGUUUGCUGGAAGCACAGAUUGCUACUGGCGGCAUCAUUGAUCCAUUGCACAGUCACCGUGUCCCAGUAGAGGUCGCAUACAAACGUGGCUACUUUGAUGAAGAAAUUAAUCAAGUCCUCUCUGACCCCUCUGAUGACACAAAGGGAUUUUUUGACCCCAACACUCAUGAGAAUUUAACCUAUCUGCAGUUACUCAAGAGGGGAAUUCAGGAUCCAGACACUGGACUUUGCAUGUUAGAAGUGAAAGACUCUGGGUCUCCUCUUUUCCAAAUAGAUCAGGCAAAGAGAAACACCUUAGAGUUACUGACUGUAGAUAUCAAGAUUGGACAAUACCAAGGCCAAAAGAUCUCUCUUUGGGAAAUUCUCAGCUCUCACCACCUGGCAGAUGUGGAAAAAGAAAGGCAGGAACUAAUGACCAAAUAUAAAUCUGGCUCUAUAAGUGUAGAAAAUCUCACAACCAGCAUUGUAUCUUUAAUUGAGCAACUGGAGAAGAGAAGUGCCACCAUCAUCAGUCAACCUGUUCCUGAGGACACUGAGCAAGCAAAAAAGAGGGCACAGACCCAGAACUUUUUCCAGUCUGUAGAGGUUGAGGUUGGUCACCUCAAAGGCCACAAAACUUCCCUGUGGCAGCUACUGAACUCUGCACAGAUCACAAGUGAGAAAAGGAAGGAACUUCUCGAAGGGUUUGAAGCUGGAUCUUUUGCCCUUGAAGAUGUUAUAAAAAGUAUCCAACAGAUCGUUAUGCAUUCUUCACCAGAACCAUCAGUUCUUGAAUAUCCAGACGCAAUUAGAAAUUCCCUACAGGCAUUUUCUGUUGAUAUUUCUAGUAAUGAAUUCACAGGACAAAAUACCUCACUAUGGGAUAUUCUCCAUUCUAAAACCAUUACCAAAGACACAUGGCGCCAACUGCUUAAAAAGUACUAUUUAUCCAUCGAAGGGGUUGUCAUGAUGCUGAAAGGAUCGCUGCACAAAGCAGACCUUCCGGUGGCAGUAAAAGCAGACACCGCCACAUUCCUGAAAUCUGUCAAAGUGCAGGUCAACAUUGGGGAAUUCAAAUUAGAAGGCAAAGAGCAUUCCCUGUGGGAGCUCCUUCACACCAAGUAUGUCACAGAUGCAAAGAUAACGGAACUUCUUGAGAAGUUUGAAUCCAAAACUAUAACUUGGGAAGAAAUCUUCAACGUUAUCACAACAAUCAUAAAAGAGACUGAGGAAAAGAGCAGGAACCUGAAGUUUAAGGGUCUGCGUCAGCAGGUGUCCGCCUCUGAGUUGUUACAAUCUAAAAUCAUUGACCUAAGCACUCUACUUGAGCUAAUUCAUGGAACCAAGACCUUAAGUGAAGUAGCAGAAAUGGAGUCAGUGAGGAGGUAUCUUGAGGGCACUAGCUGCGUUGCUGGUGUACUUAUUUCAUCCAAGACCGAUUCCACCAAGAAAGAGAAAAUGAGCAUCUAUGAUGCUAUGCUGAAGAAUGUUUUAAGACCUGGGACAGCACUUGUCUUACUGGAGGCUCAGGCAGCCACUGGCUUCAUUAUUGACCCAAUCCAGAAUACUAAGCUCACCGUGGAUGAAGCAGUAGCCAAUCGUGUGGUUGGGCAUGAACUCCACCAAAAGCUACUCUCUGCGGAGAAAGCUGUGACUAGCUACACAGACCCCACCACCAGUCUGAAAAUAUCCCUGUUCCAGGCUAUACAAAAAGACCUCAUUGUAAAAGACCACGGCAUCCGUCUGCUGGAAGCCCAGAUUGCUACCGGUGGCAUCAUUGACCCAGUACACAGCCACCGCAUCCCAGUGGAAGUGGCCUAUACACGUGGCUACUUUGAUGAAGGGAUGAACCAAAUUCUUUCUGAUCCCUCUGAUGACACGAAAGGGUUUUUUGACCCAAACACUCACGAAAACCUCACCUACCUACAGCUGCUCCAGAGGUGUGUCCAGGACCCAGACACUGGUCUGCUUAUGUUAGAGGUCGCCAAGAAAUAAAUCCUUUGAAAGAAUUUGAAAGCAAAGUUCCACAUUUCCAGUCUUUUAUGCGGUACAGAAUCACAGUUUCACUAACCACAGAAAGUAGUUCCCGCAUAGCAGGUGCUGCAUGGUGGUGAUAUCUAGAACUUUCAUUGUGGGAAAAUAGUUUUUCUGGGGAGUUUUUUGCUUUAUGUCCAUGUUCCUGGUAAAUGUUGGUUCCAUGGUUUAUGGCUAUGAUCCUAACUGAUGCAACAUGGGACUAAUUUGAUGCACCAUUUUGGUCCUUGGUUCAUAUGUUUGUAUCAUUCUGUUCUGCAUAAACAACAGUGUCUCCACAAAAGAGAAAAAGAACAGUUGGCUGGACCUAACGUUAUUAAAAUGUGCAGUCUAUUGCCAGCCAGUCCAUUUCCUGUUAAUGAGCUAGUUAUUAGGCUGACUAGUUGUGGAGUACAGGUAUUACAGCAGCCAGUCCGUCUUGUAGCAAUGGGCAGGUUAUUAGGCUGACUAGUUGUGGAGUACAGGUAUUACAGCAGCCAGUCCGUCUUCUUGCAAUGGGCAGGUUAUUAGGCUGACUAGUUGUGGAGUACAGGUAUUACAGCAGCCAGUCCGUCUUCUUGCAAUGGGCAGGUUAUUAGGCUGACUAGUUGUGGAGUACAGGUAUUACAGCAGCCAGUCCGUCUUCUUGCAAUGGGCAGGUUAUUAGGCUGACUAGUUGUGGAGUACAGGUAUUACAGCAGCCAGUCCGUCUUCUAGCAAUGGGCAGGUUACUAGGCUGACUAGUUGUGGAGUACAGGUAUUAUAGCAGCCAGUCCGUCUUGUAGCAAUGGGCAAGUUAUUAGGCUGACUAGUUGUGGAGUACAGGUAUUACAGCAGCCAGUCCGUCUUCUAGCAAUGGGCAGGUUAUUAGGCUGACUAGUUGUGGAGUACAGGUAUUACAGCAGCCAGUCCGUCUUGUAGCAAUGGGCAAGUUAUUAGGCUGACUAGUUGUGGAGUACAGGUAUUAUAGCAGCCAGUCAGUCUUCUUGCAAUGGGCAGGUUAUUAGGCUGACUAGUUGUGGAGUACAGGUAUUACAGCAGCCAGUCCGUCUUCUUGCAAUGGGCAGGUUACUAGGCUGCCUAGUUGUGGAGUACAGGUAUUACAGCAGCCAGUCCGUCUUCUUGCAAUGGGCAGGUUACUAGGCUGCCUAGUUGUGGAGUACAGGUAUUAUUGCCAAGCUCCACAGUCACUUCAGUAAUGUAAGGUUCCCAUACAACAAUCUGAAUUUGGUUUUAAACCUACCAAAAAUGUUCCAAAGAGGAAACAGUCAGGGAACUUUUGGGAUAACUGCUAUAAACUACUUUACAUUGUAUGAUGCAACAUGUCUUCUAUACUGUACAUUGUAUGACACAACAUUUUCUAUACUACCUCUGUGUAUAUGUUUCUUUUUAUUUCUGAUAUUAAUAAAUCUGAGACUUUCUUUUGCAA